AUGUGCGCAAUUAAACAUAAACAUGAUUUAGAGAAAAAGGUAUACGCUAUAAAAUUUUCAUUUGAUGCAGCUAUUAAAAAUUUAGAUAGAUUUCUUUGUUUAGAUUUAAAUCAAUACAAACUCAUAGAUUUGAUAAGUCACGCCUGUGGAAUUACAAAAGCUGACAUGAAGUUGUUUAAAGAAACAAAAAUUUUGAAAAAAGAUGAGUUGUUUAAACUACUAAAAAUAAAAUAG